AUGUCGAGGGCGGUGAGUAGUGUGAGCGGUGGAGGGGAGCUUGCGUUGUUGAGUGCGCUGAAGUUGUUGACGGAGGCGCAGUCCGUGGCGAUGUAUGCGACUGUGGAGAAUGAGAAGCGUUUGUUUAGCGCGGCGGCUGACCCCAAGGUGUUUUCCAUGUCUCUAUGUGAGAACGGGAUGAUUGAUUUGCGGCAGUGUACUAACCACCACAAUCUGGUGUGGGAUUGGGCGGAGUCGGUGGAUGUAAACCAGCAUAAGGUGCGGUACACAGGUAAGGCGAAGGAUUGGUGCAAGCUGGACGUCAGUAACGCGUUGGGUCAGAGAUUGGGUCGGUUGGAAUUGGUGCGCGAAAUCGAUCGAAAUGAACUCAAUUUAGAACAACGAAUUUAUCAAGAUCUCAAAAACGCACCCCCUGGCCACGUCUACCAUCUUGUCUUCCUCGGUGACGACCCUCCUUCAGCGGCAGCCCUCGUGGCAGCUUCAGCGGCAGCCCUCGUGGCAGCUUCAGUGGCAGCAGCAUCCGCCGCAGCUUCCGUGAUAGCUUCAACCGGACCUUAA